AUGGCUCUUCAUCUCUCCCUCCUGCUCCUACUCCUCAUCUUCGACAGACUUUCAGCAGGUAAGGUGGGGUAUGUUUCUGUGCAGACAGGAGGCUCCAUCACCUUCCCAUGUAGCUAUGAUCAGUAUUACAUAAAACAUGUGAAAUACUGGUGUCAAGAAUUAGGUUGGGAUGUAUGUUCGUAUUUAGUACGUACUGACCAUCCUAAGAGCAGUGGUAAGACCUCAAUAUCUGAUGACAUCAACAAGAGAAUCUUCACUGUGACCAUGACCUACCUGACGUUAUGGGACUAUGGGAAUUACAGGUGUGUUGUGGAGAUCAAUGGAGGAACAGAUAUCAUGAUACAAUGGUUCUACCUAUCUGUCACUCCAGGUACUCCAGAACUCUAUGUGGAACAACAGGAAGUGACUGGAGUAGAAGGAGGGAGUGUCACUGUCUGUUGUUACUAUAGUAACUCUGGAGACAUGAAGUGGUGCAGGAUGGGUGGUGAUUGUGUGAGUGGGAAUUCUGGGACUUUAAAUGGAACAUCAGUGACAUUAAUGCGGACUAGUGAUGCCAACAACAGAACAGUAACAGUGACUAUGAGUGGACUGAAGAUGGAGAACACUGACUGGUAUUGGUGUAGAGUUGGAGAACUAGAGAUGCCUGUUCACAUCACUGUCAGUCAACAAACUGCAACACAGAGAACAUCUAAGAUGACCUCAACAACCCAAGAUCCAACCCCUCAACAACCCUCUGCCUCUCCAACUGCUGAGCCUGUUCAGACUGACAACACAAGUCAAGGAGCUGAGGGGAACAUGGAGGAAGUCCACCAGAGGUCCAUAGAUGUGAAAGUCCUACUCAUCUCUCUGGGCAUGUUGGUGGGGGUGACAGCUGGUAUCCUAGUAACAUGGAAGAUGUGGAGAAGGCAUAAGGACAAUAAGGCCAAGGACCAGACAACUAACAACUCAGUGGAUCCAUUUCCUGAAGCUGAUGAUGAUGUCACAUACAGCACUGUCAUCCCCCAACACAAGACCCAACUGAAAGGACAGACCAAGUCAGCAGAACCAGAUGAUAAUGUGGUCUACAGCUCACUAGCUCUACAGGUGACCACACAGUCCUACUACCCUUUGUUACUGCCUGUAGGAUUGGCCCAGUGGUUUGAGGCUUGA